UCUGUUACCGUUAUAAUAAUUAACGUUUUCUUAUACAAAGUUUCGCACUAGAGACGAGGAAUAAGACACGAUUGGUUAAACAAAAAUGUCACUGACUGACAACAGAGGGCGCUUUUGCUCAAGGUCGUUGACAUCGGUCUACGUCCAAAAACUCAAAAACUCUGUGCGGAAAAGUUGUCUCAUAUUGGAACCAGCAAAAAUGGGGGAGAAAUUCUUUGCAGUUCAACAACAGAUGCAUAGAGACAAUAACGAUCUGCAGGAUUACUUACGAGACCUCAAGAAUUGGAGUUCAGACAUCUCCAAGAAAGAUGAAGCCUUAAAAUCAGAUCAAGUUACCGAAGACAAGUCCCUUCCACCUGUGAGAAACCAACAUCAGAAGAAACCCAACAAGAAGAAGAAGAAACCACCAAGCUCAAAGCAACAAUCUGAGGCCAAGAAACCCCAGAAUGGAACGCCUCCUGGGAAGUCUCGAAUCAAAGCCUAUGAUUACAGGACGUGGGACAAGUUUGAUGUGGACAAAGCAUGUGCAGAGCUGGAUAGUGAUGAAGACUUGCCGGCAGACGUAAACGAGGAUGAGGAUGAGCGAAUAGAAAUAGAUAGUGAGGAAGAAAGAGAACUAGAGAUGCAACGCAGAAUCCAACAAGCCAGUAUGGAGAAAGACAAGGGCAAUGCAUUGUUCAAGAAAGGCAACUAUGAUGACGCUGUUAUAUGCUACACUGCAGGAAUGGAGGCUGAUCCAACCAACGCUAUACUACCAGCCAAUAGAGCCAUGGCAAGACUCAAACAGAAGAGGUAUGAAGAUGCAGAGAAGGACUGUGACAAGUCUGUUUCCAUUGACUGCACAUACGUUAAGGCUUAUGCCAGGAGAGCAGCGGCACGGUUUGAGCUAGGCAGAUUGGAAGAAGCCACGAAAGACUAUCGGCAAGUGCUGAACCUGGAGCCCAGUAACAAACAAGCAGCUACAGAGAUAUACAAGAUUACUAGAAUAAUAAAGGAAAGGGAAGAUACAGAGAGGCAGAAACUAGACGGAGUGUAUAACAUAAUACUUGCUGUUGACAAACCAGUCCAUUUGAGGUCAAAGAAACCCUUGAGGCGUAUGGUUAUUGAGGAGAUAGGAACUUUGACUAGAGAUGAAGAGGAGACAAAGACAACCCUUGACAUACCCCAGGACCCAGCUGACAUCCACAGGGUAGUUACUCCAAUACAAAAUAAAGGGGCACCAGUCCAUCGGUCUGAGUUUCCUCCAUCCACACCAACUCCGCCUACAGAUACUAUUCCAAAUGUGCCUGGUACCCCGUCAUCGUCCUACCAGUUACAGGCUGAUUGGAAGUCACUGGAGAGAUUCCCUGAGCAACUUUACCAGUAUUUCAAGAAAAUCUCCCCUGAGUCCUACAAGAAGCUAUUCCAGCAGUCUUUGGAUUCAACGUUACUGAUGAAGAUUUUAAAUCUUCUACAAGACCAGUUUAUCAAACAAGGAGAACGUGUCUAUGAAAUCCUGGAGAACCUCUCCCAGGUCAAAAGAUUUGAAAUGAACAUCAUGUUCAUGUCAUCCAAAGAUAAACAAGUUGUGCAAGAACUCUUCAGCUACAUGCAGAGCUCUGAAGCUGAAAGGGCUUCAGAGUUGGACAAACUUGGGAAGAAAUAUGGGUUAUGACAUGACAUAUAAGUGUCAAAGAGUGUAAAUUUUGCCCAACCAAACUUGUGCUGCUUUAAUGCGGUAGGCAGCUGGAGUUAUGAAGAAUUAUGCACCAUGCUCUUACCCUGUACCCCCCCCCCCCUCCUCCACCCUACCGCUCCCCCUGCACCAUUCCUUUAAAUGAAAAAAAAAGAGAAAACAAAGUUGUUAUUUUUUUUUGUUCUCAGAACCUUUUGACUUGUGCAACAUGGGUUUGUUUUUUGGAGGGUGUUUUUUUUUUUUUUUUGGGGGGGGGGGGAUGUGGGUUGAUUGUGUGCUGAUUUUUUUUGGGGGGAAGGGUUGGAAAACAAUGGCUGGUAAUCAUUUCCAACCCAUAUUCUUGUUCAACCAACGACUGUAGUCUGUUUGAUUUAAACCGUUUUCCUACAAAUGAAGGAUGCAGAGAAGGCAGAAUAUUCUGUGUCACUAUUUCUCUCAAUUUUUAUAGGGUGUUGUGUCCGAGUGAUUUAGAGAUUCAAGUUCAAGUCAAUGGAGGGUGGGUUCCAAUCCCAGUUGUAUUAUGGCACUUGUGUCAUUGAGCAAGACACUUCACGCUAGUUGCUUGUCUUCACCCAGGGGGUAUAAAUGGGUACCUGCGAGGGUAGAGGUUGAUAUUGUGUAUGUAAAGGCCACUGGAGGGCCAGGGCGGCUCAGGGCUGUUAACUCCCCAGUGAGCCGAGACCCAUUGGCCCAAAGUUAGACCAGGGCACUAAUGUAAACUGCAUUGAUAUGUUUUUGUAAACUGGCUAAUAAGUUAUUAUUAUACAUGUAAAUAAGAUAAUUGUCUGAAGUUGUACGUGAUAUGAACGUUGCAUUUCCUCAAAAUUGAUAACAAAAAUAAAACACUUGACUUCCAUUUUUUUAUUUUAAUGUUAAGAGCACUUUAUUCUGCAAAAUGCAUGUAAACCGCUGAGUAAUCAAAAAUAUAAUCCGUUAAUGUUUUAAGUUUAACAACUUUUGACGAACACUUGGAAAGUUGUACACUCUUUUAUAAAUAUAGUGCCACGUAAACAAAAUAAAAAAAUAUAAAGAGUACAUUAAAGAAGAAAUAAAAGUAACAUUGGUGGCUUUGGGAAGUGUACAUUGACCCAAAUCACUUUUACAAAUAACGUCUUUUUCAUGAACAGCCAACUCUAACAAAUUAAACAUUUUGGGCAAAUAGGAUGUGGCUUUAAACAUUUGAACAUUUUGAAAGUCCAAAAAUAGUUUUGAUAACACUAAUUUAACCAGACUUACAGUUUGGGUUUUCACGAAAAGCUAUUCUUUGAAUUGCCAUUCUUUAGCACUGACUCGGUGUGAAAAACAAAUGCUCAACCUUUGUGGGUUUUACAAUGUAAAAUGCAGCUUGUAGAUAUUUUGGAGUUUUCACAAACAGCCGAUUCCAUUUGUGAAUUGGUUUGUAACAAGCGCUGCACAAACCUUAAUUUUAUUAAGUUGUUAACUACUCAUCGAUUAAACUUACUAUGAU